GCCGGCUCUGGUUGUUCGUCCUUUUUGUAUUCCUGAGAACCUGAUUUGCAAAAUAAGAUGGCAGAUACCGCUGGAAAGGCAAUCACUUGCAAAGCUGCUGUGGCUUGGGAAGCCAAGAAACCUCUGUCUAUUGAAGAUGUUGAGGUUGCACCACCAAAGGCAGGAGAAGUUAGAAUAAAGGUUCUCUCCACCGGUGUGUGCCACACCGAUGCUUACACUCUUGAUGGCUUUGACUCUGAGGGGAAGUUUCCGGUCAUCCUCGGCCAUGAAGGUGGUGGCAUCGUAGAAAGUGUUGGUGAAGGGGUAACAUCAGUCAAAGCUGGUGAUCAUGUGAUUCCUCUCUACAUUCCUGAGUGUAAAGAAUGUAAAUUCUGCAAGAGCAAAAAGACUAACCUGUGCUCAAAAAUCAGGUCAACCCAAGGUGCUGGUGUGAUGCCUGAUGGUACACCACGAUUCAGAUGUAAAGGACAGGAUGUAUACCACUUUAUGGGGACCAGUACAUUCAGUGAAUACACUGUUGUGGCAGAAAUAUCUGUUGCUAAGGUUUCUGAAGCUGCUCCAUUAGACAAAGUGUGUCUGUUGGGUUGUGGUAUAUCUACUGGUUAUGGUGCUGCUCUGAAUACAGCUCAAGUAGAAGAGGGAAGCAUUUGUGCUGUCUGGGGUCUCGGAGCUGUAGGCCUGGCAACUAUUAUGGGAUGCAAAGUCGCUGGUGCAUCCCGCAUUAUUGGUAUCGACAUCAAUCCUGACAAAUUUGAAAUAGCCAAGCAGUUUGGUGCCACAGAAUGUAUCAAUCCCAAAGAUCACAGUAAAACCAUCCAGGAAGUACUAGUCGAGAUGACGGAAGGAGGUUGUGACUACACCUUUGAAUGUAUUGGAAAUAUUCACACAAUGCGUGCUGCCCUUGAGUCCUGCCACAAAGGUUGGGGAGUGUCCGUUAUCAUUGGUGUAGCCGCAGCUGGCCAGGAAAUUUCUACUCGUCCAUUUCAACUUGUCACAGGUCGUGUUUGGAAGGGCACUGCAUUCGGAGGGUGGAAAAGUCGUUCAAGCGUUCCUGGUCUCGUUGAUGAUUACAUGAGCGGGAAACUCAAGGUUGAUGAAUUCAUUACGCACAAUAUGGGUCUGGACGAGAUCAACAAUGCCUUUGAUCUGAUGCAUAGUGGGCAGAGCAUCCGCAGUAUUGUCAACCUUUAGCUGGUAUUACAAGAUCGACCAAACCACAUGAAGUGACGGACAGAUAACCUCAAGGAUUAGCUAGAAGAGUGUGUCAACUCAACUUUUGAAAAUUCGAAAAUAGUUCACAUUAUCUGAUAACUUCAUGUUUUUGUAAAUCCCUCGUUGAUUGUUUCUAAAAGAGAUUAUUGGUCAGGACAACCCAUAGUUUUCUUUUUGAUAAUUCUAAUCAAGCCUUUAAAGAUUCAUGAGGCACUUAAAUAACACUGUCUUUGCUCAAAAACGUCCUCUGAUCAUGUUCAAUUGAGUUUGCUAUGUAUAAAUUUGCUAAACUGUGAAUGAUUGAAAAUUGGUGAUUCAAUAAUCAAUUAAUCGAAUUUGUCUUAAAAUAAACUAGCAUCUACAUGUA